AUGCUUCGCAAGAAACCGUUCCCCAUACCUUCUCCCGGGCCACCUUUACCCCCCGGCAUACUCGUUGAUGAAGAGAUCUCGCCACUAUACGAUUCCAAGUACUUCUACCCAGCAAAACCUGGAGAGUUAUUUACCGGUUGUUACCAAAUAUUGGUCAAGGUUGGUUGGGCGUGUCUUCAACAGUAUGGCUCGCGCAUUGAAGAGCCGAAAAACGUUGUGGUACUGAAAAUUGCCAAUAACAACGCGAGUUCCGCUAGUCAUGAGCGCGAAGUUGAAGAGCAUAUUUCCACAGUAGACCCAUCACAUCGCGGUCGCUCACUUAUCCGAACAUUACUAGAUUAUUUUGAGGUUAGAUGUCCCAAGGGCUCUCACCUGUGUCUUGUAUAUCCGCCUAUGAAGGAGCCACUGUCGAUGUAA